CGUGAGGUAUGAGGUGCAGAUUUCAUUCACACCCCCCUCUUGCGAGAUGGCUUUCAGCAAAAAUUCCUCUUUUUUUUUUCUUGGCUCCAAGACACGUGGUUUUCCUCCAAAAGCAAGAAUCAAUUCCGAUAUACUUGGGCUUUCGAACCUCCAUUUGGAUUGUGUAACCGUUGAUUUCCAAGUGAGAAUGGGUAAAGUACCGAGUUUGUUGAAAACAGUUGUUGAUUCAUGGCUCCAAAGAGAAGAGGAGCAUAAACGGAAGUGGCCAGUGCUCAGAACCCAAGGGAAAACAAGUAACAAACGACUGAAAACCCUCAAGUCUAGAAGAAGUACAAGAACAUGUACCCUCGGGACCAUACCAUGGUCACUUCUGUCUGCUGCUGCCCACUGGUUGUUGUUACACUGAGUUGUAUUCGACCCAUUUGCUUGGACCCCUGCUGAGUUGUUAUUCUGUGUUGCAUGAGUUGAAAAUUGUGGGAAGGUGAAGAAGUCAGCCAAAGGCUGUUGCUUGCUCCUCUUGUUGCUGUUCAUGGACUGAAAAAUUUGCUCUAGCUCCUUCACAAAGUUUAUGGCACCCCCAACAAUUGAUGCUUGGUCCCCCUGUAACAAAUAUUUAUAACAAUAUUAAUUUGGUCCAAUCCCCAAAAAAAAAAUCCGUUUAAAAGAACAUAUGGGUAGAAAUCCAUGUGAGUUUUUUGGGUUAAUCCCAAAAACAUUUCAAUCUAAAGAAAAUGGAGAUGCAAGGGACUUCUAGUUGUACUGCCUCCUUUAAUAGUGGUUAAGCCAGUUUACCCUCACAUUCGAGGUUCUGUGUUUGUGUAUCUCCCUCCCGUAAUAUGACUUUUGUAAAAGAAAAACAAAAAUAAAAACAUAUGUAGCUCGAUGAAAUUUUUUGGCCUUUUUGUA